AUGGACAACACAUUAGUUAGUGAUCUGAAAGAUGACAGGGGAAACGGAGAUUCAUUGCGCAUUUUGGAGGACAAGAAGGAUACAUCAGUAGACUAUGGAAUGAAUUGUUCUGGACUAAAACCAAAAAGGUUGGCUAGUCUGGUGAACCCACAGCAUGCUCUGAUAUUAAAUGUUGGAAGAAUACAGGCAGGGAAAAGUCUUAUAAAUGGUUCAUUGAUUUGGGCUAUUUUUGGCAGAGGGAAUACGAUUCCAAGGCAUGUGGUCACUCUACAUGAGAAAUAUCUUCGUUGUUGCCUGGAGUUGAUUCAUAUCAAUGCAGCAAAAGUUGCUCAAUGCAGUAUCUCUGUGAACUUCAGCUCUGUAGACAUUGGCAUUGUAUCUGAUGGACUGAAUUCAGCUAAAAUUGGGGCUGAAAGUACGUGUGAUUUCGGCAGCUUUGGUUUUGAAUGUCUACCGGAUAUUGGGACUGGUAGUUUAGUCACUGGUUCUGCAGAACUGUGGAUAGUAGGUUCGAUAAUGGGCUGCAGGAGCAUGAAAAAUAUAUUGGGAAGUCCAUUGUUUCAGAAGUUGGGUGCAUUCCAUGUCAAUCCAAGUUUGAAUGAUGCUAAAGGACUAAUAAGUUAUGACUUAAUGAGCUCUCCGGGUGAUUUCAGUAAUAAAACCUUGUACGACCUACGAAGUGAGACGCCAAUAUCGGAUAAUCAUAAGUAUGGAUCUGAGACUGUUUGUAAAAGGCUUGUUUCCAUGUCAAGUACAGACUCAACAUGCUCGGAUCAGUCGUUUUCUUCUCCUUGUACAACAAUUUCUGAGGGAGUGCUUCAAUGCAUGUGGAAUGGUGGGACUCCAUACUUUGUUUUCUCCCUAGAUAACCAGAGGGAGGUGUAUUUAGCCAAUUUGUCAAAACAAGGAGCUGCUCGAAAUAAGGGUUUGGACAAUGUGUACUUGUUCCAUUCGAGCAAGAGUAGCCAUAAGGAACAUCGGAUUAGUGAUAACGAAUCAAACCUUGUUGGUAAGAUGACGAUGUCUACUUCUUUCUCAAUCUGUUCCCAAGAUUCUAAAAUCAUGGAGACAGAGUUUGUUUUGUUCAGUGGCAUGCAAACAUCAAGGGAUAAUCACUGGACAAAUAAGGGUCUAUCGAAAAAGGUAGUGGAAGCAUUCAAGGGUAGUCAUUCAUUGAAGCAAAUAACGGUGUCAAGAUUUCAUCGAUCGAGUUCCAUGAUGGAAGAUUCUUCUUUGGGUCCUUGCAGAGAUGCAGUUGGCAAAUCGGAUGCUAUAGACCAGACAAAACUUUUCAAUGAGCAACUUCCAACAAAUCUUGAGCUGACAGCCGUUGUUGUGAGGGAUCAUUUACCUGAGGAUUCUCAGGCGGAAGCAGGAGGUUGGGGCCUAAAGUAUUCAUGGUGGUCCAAGAACCAGAAAUGGUGGCCCCUCUAG